GAACAUGUGUGGAGCUGUCCGAGUGUUGAAAUGAAUAGACAGGGUAAAAACACGUCUCUCUCAUUCCAGCACUACCGUGCAAAAAAACAUACUCUUCCCAUCUCCACAUUGUAGUAUAUGUUAGGUAAAGAAGCAAUAUACUUGAAGAGCUGGUAAAAGAAGUUAUUAACCCGAAUACUCAAUGUUGCCAAUGGUGUUACAUCUUCUGUGUAUUUACUGAUUUCUUGCCUCCUUCAAAGGGCUGCUUGGAAAUUUACGGCACAUUUAUUUUCCCCUUUUUGUAACCCUCUACAGUUUAUCUGCCUUCUUUCUAGAAAUGGUUCCGAGAACUGGCACUUUGGGGAUCUCUUUCCCACUGUGCCAGAAUCCAGACCUUAUUUUUAUCAGUUUUCAAAGAAAUUGUGUUUAACUGUGGAUCUAGCUGGUGAACAAAGAGAGCAAUUUGAGUUAUAUGGAAUAAUAGUUAAAAUACAGCGACAACUGCUUUCAAAAGGAGGAAUGAACCGUCAGCUUGUCAACAUUCUGACAACGUUGCUUGCAUUUUUCUCGGACACGAGCAACUUUAGGGUGGCCUUGUGUAAGGAGCAUGACUCUAGAUCUUCAGCAAAAGCAUUCUCACAGACCAUGUCUCCCUCUGAUUUUUUGGACAAGCUGAUGGGAAGAACAUCAGGAUAUGAUGCACGUAUCAGACCAAACUUUAAAGGUCCUCCUGUAAAUGUUACUUGCAACAUAUUCAUCAACAGCUUUGGUUCAAUAGCAGAAACUACAAUGGACUACAGAGUUAAUAUUUUUCUGAGGCAGAAAUGGAAUGAUCCAAGACUGUCUUACAGUGAAUAUCCUGAUAAUUCCCUGGAUUUGGACCCUUCUAUGUUGGAUUCCAUCUGGAAACCAGAUUUAUUCUUUGCCAAUGAGAAAGGAGCAAAUUUCCAUGACGUCACAACAGAUAAUAAACUGCUAAGGAUUUUUAAAGAUGGAACUGUGCUAUAUAGUAUCAGAUUGACAUUAAUAUUAUCCUGCCCUAUGGACCUGAAAAAUUUCCCUAUGGAUGUACAGAUCUGUAGUAUGCAGUUGGAAAGCUUUGGGUACACUAUGCAAGACCUUGUCUUUGAAUGGUUGAGUGACAGCCCUGUACAAGUUGCUGAGGGAUUAACACUUCCACAGUUCAUCUUAAAAAAUGAAAAAGAGCUUGGAUACUGCACAAAACAUUAUAACACUGGAAAGUUUACAUGCAUUUAUGUGAAGUUUCAUCUGGAACGACAGAUGGGGUACUAUUUGAUCCAGAUGUACAUUCCAAGUCUGUUGAUUGUCAUUUUGUCCUGGGUUUCCUUCUGGAUUAAUAUGGAUGCUGCUCCAGCAAGAGUCGCUUUAGGCAUAACAACAGUAUUAACAAUGACGACACAGAGCUCCGGAUCCAGGGCUUCAUUGCCAAAGGUGUCAUAUGUUAAAGCUAUUGAUAUCUGGAUGGCUGUGUGCCUUUUGUUUGUGUUUGCUGCCUUGCUGGAAUAUGCAGCAGUAAACUUUGUUUCAAGACAGCACAAAGAGUUUUUAAGACUUAGAAGAAGGCAAAAAAGGCAAAACAAGGAUGAAGAUGUUCGAGAAAGUCGUUUCAACUUUAGUGGUUAUGGGAUGGGCCACUGUCUUCAAGUGAAAGAUGGUGCAACAGUAAAAGUUACCCCGCCAAACCCCACACCACCACCACCAAAGGAUGCAGAUGCUGUUAAGAGGAAAUUUGUUGACAGAGCAAAAAGAAUUGACACAAUAUCUCGGGCUGCUUUCCCUUUAGCUUUCCUAAUUUUUAACAUCUUUUACUGGAUUACAUAUAAAAUCAUACGUCAUGAGGACUAAGCAGCUGCGUGGACUGUUUUCUUCAACAUAACUGCCAAAGUGUGCUUGUGAAUUCAGUGUUAUUAAUUGUCUUACUGUCAGAUGACUGUUUAUUACAAGACUGAAAGAUGAAGUAUUUUAAUCUGAAAAACAGACUGCACAAAGUAAACUGUGGGACUCUGCAAUAAGAUGGCACUAUAUUUUUAUUUUGGAGAAAAUUAAAAUGUUCUUCCGGAACCUUUAUUAAAUAUUAUAGUUCAUUAACAACAGACUAGUAGUUAUUGGGGAAAAAAUAAAUAACCACUACCAGUAAGUAUAGUUGUGUUAUUUGUGUAUAAGUGGCUGCCAAGUGUAUUAUUAUUAUUAUUAUUAUUAUUAUUAUUACCUGAGGAAGCCACUUAUUCACAAUAAUUCCACUCUAAGUUAAGAGGACCAAAUUCUUUUUUCUGAAUAUGCUGCCUUUAUAUUAUAAAAUACAGGUCUACUGAGAUACAUUCCAUUGCAGUGUCACUAGUUAGUGGUUCACUACAAAAUCCUUUUGAUGGGAUUGAAACUAUUUCUAUUAUAAUAAAAAAGGCUUUAUACUUUGAUAUACUGGUGGGUGUACAUUUUAAUAUGACCUGCUUUAUGAAGACUGUAAUUUUGGACCUAAACUUGUGUAAUUUGAUGUCAGUAGUUUAAUAGCAUAGAUUGAUAUGAAGCUGUGAGUCUAUUCAUUUUUGUAGAAGGGAAUUGCACUGGCUUUAUUGAUUCACUUGCUCUAAUCUAUAGUGCAUAAUAAGUUGCCCUUUUGUCAAGUACCUGCUAUGCAACCAUUACCACUACACUUAAGAAAAUAUUGGCUGUUUCUUGCGUAGCUCACUCAUAUAUUAGCUUGCUAUUUCUGCUAUAAAUGUGACUGCAGUAAAUAGUUACUGUGGUUCGGUACAAUGUGAAAUAACAUACAAACCUUUCAUUUUUUUUCAGACAAAAAUUUCCAUUUUUAAUAUCAUUACUCAACCAGCCUAAGAUUUUUUUUCCCUAAAAGUAAACUGUGAUAGUUUUCCUCCUGAUGUUUGAAAUGAGUGACUGGAUCUUUACAAUAUGUCUUUACAAAAUGUCAAAUUUAUAUUUGCUUUCACAGAAAAAAGUAAAAAAAUAAAGAUGAACAAAUCAUGUAAAGUAAUGUAUUAUAACUUCUGUGAUAUGAGCUCAAUGCACUUGCAUCUAAAAUAUUAAUUUAAACAUAACAUAUCUUUACAUUUUCAAUAAAGCUAUGCGUCUUGUUACGCAGAUAACAUUAUUCCUUAUUCAUAAAUAAUUGGAAGCAACUUUUAUACAAUGGAUCACAUGAGUUCAGAAACUGUAAACUUGUUUACAUUUCAUGAUUUGUACGUGUAGACUUUUUGUGUAUGAUACAAUUUAAAAAAAAAUGCUAAUGUUUGUUUUUAAAAUUGCUGUAUAUCAUUAAAACAUAUUACUUACUUGGA